CUGAGUAAUGAUAUAAAGCAGCAAAGCUCAGAGAGAGCCAAGCCACAGACAUAGAAAGGGAAGCAGAGGAACCAGUCAAUCUGCCAGGAUAAUUAAUCACACUAUUGGUGUCAAAAUGGAGAGCUACAACGUUACACAUGCGACAUCCAUUUUUUGGGACACAACUAAUGACACAGCCUAUAAAGAUUACGACUAUUUUCAGGAAGAUCCACAAACCCUUCUCAUUAAAAAAAUUUUGCACAUCUCCUCUAUGGUGCUAUAUUCCGUGGCUUUCUUACUUGGGACAACUGGGAACGGGCUUGUCAUCUGGAUUGCAGGCUUCAAGAUGAAGAAGACGGUCAACAUCAUAUGGUUCGUUAAUCUGGCCAUUGCUGAUUUCAUCUUCACGCUUUUCCUUCCGCUCAGCGUUGUCUACAUUGCCCUUGACUUCCACUGGCCCUUUGGCACGUUUAUGUGCAAGUUAAACAGUAGCCUUGCGUUCAUCAACCUGUUUGCCAGUGUCUUCUUACUCACCAUUAUUAGUAUUGACCGUUGCAUCUCGGUGAUGUUUCCAGUCUGGUCCCAGAACCACAGGACACCCCGUCGGGCCUCAUUGGUGGCUCUGGCAGUGUGGUUUCUUUCGUUGUGUUUCAGUUUGCCUUAUUUUAUUGUUAGGGACACAUUUGAGGGAGAUGGCUACACCAGGUGCUACAAUAACUUUGGUUAUGAUGAGAAUAAUGAGUUGACUGAUCUUGGACUACAAAGGAUGAAGGCAACUGUGGUAAUGCGAUCCCUUUUAGGCUUUUGCAUUCCUUUCCCAGUCAUUAUCUUCUGUUACACGGUGAUUGCGCUAAAACUCCAUUGGAAUCGCAUGUCCACAUCUUCGAAGCCAUUCAAAAUUAUUGUAGCUGUUCUGAUCUCAUUCUUUAUCUGCUGGUUUCCUUACCACAUCUUCUCAUUCCUGGAAAUGUCUCAGUUCACUAACCCCAAUGUCAACUAUGGAACAGUGUUGUAUAUAGGAAUACCCAUCGCCUCCAGCCUGGCAUUUCUCAACAGCUGCGUUAACCCUUUCCUGUAUGUCUUCAUGGGCAGAGACUUCAAGAAUACGUUUAUGACAUCUAUACAGUCUGUUUUCGAGAAGGCCUUCAGCGAGGACUCCGUCUAUAUAGACGCCAGACAUACAAAGUCAACAAAGUCAACAAAGUCAACAUCUGAAUCGAAUAUGGUCUGACAUCAAAAAGGAUGAUUAAAAGUAUUAUAAAGCAGUUAUACAGAGCUUCCAUUUAUAAUGACAGUACUGUUAAUACUAUCCUAUUGUUACCAGAUCCUUAAAAGAGAUACACCACCAUUUUUUAGGUCUAUAUAACUUUUUGACCUUUUCUUUAAUCUAACAAGGCCUCUCCAUCUUGCAUUUGAUAUCAUUCCCAUAUCAUCAUUCCCAUACUGAAACCCAAGAUGUUUGAUGGUAUUAUAAAGCAAGACUAAGCAACUGUUGCUAGACAAGCACUAUAUAAAAAGUCUGAAUUACAAUGUCGAAGGCAUUUCCAUUUUAAAUGAACGGCUGCAGGUCUCUGUGAUCCCUUUCUGAGCAGAGACCUUUUAGGUGCUUUUUUGUCCCUUAGGAUAGGGACAGCUUCAUAGACACAGGCACUGGGUAUAUAGGGCCCUGCACCCACCAGUCCCACCCUGGGCAGAAAUCCGCCCCAUGUGUCCUUACCAUUAGUUCUCGCAGUUCUGUCUGAGGUAUUUCCCCUAAAGUAUCAGCAGUUUGUAUAUAGGUGUGGGACCUGUUAUACAGAAUGCUCAGGACCUGGGGUUUUCCUGAUAAGGGAUCUUUCUUUAAUUUGUAUC